AUGUCGUUCAGCACUGAAUGGAUUCCUGGCGCUACUUUUUCUGGUCGCGCUUUUCCCGACGACGCAGCCGGUACCCCUUUGUCCACUGCACCCGCUCCUCGUUCAAAUGAUGGAGAUUCCCUUGCCUCUGGCGAUAGCUCAAUUGCUUCUGACGAUGAGGAAAAGAUCGCCAACGAUGGCAAAGGUAAUAGCGAUAACAACGAAGCCGUUAUUUCAACCGGUCCUAACGCCGUUGCUUUUGCGCCGGGGGCAUCACCGCCUGUUUAUCGCCUUGCGGCGCUGCCUCUUGGUUCUCCUGAGAACCCGAUCGAAAUAGAGGAUGAAGAUGCGGCUAACCAGCCAAGAAAUAAUGAAGAAGUGAAUGACUAUGGGCGACUAAACAGCCCCAGGUUCGAUCCAGUCGAGAUUGUUCCUUUUCAAGCGACGGUUGUUGACGAGGAAGACGUCCUUCGUGCUUGA